AUGUCUGAGGAAUACGACACCUUUGGGCUGGGAGACUGGACGCUGCAGAGCGGAGAUGUCAUCCCAAAGGCCCGCAUCGCAUACAGGACGUUUGGUGACCCCAAGUUGCCCGCUAUCGUGUACCCGUCAUGGUACUCAGGCACAAUAUCUGCCAACUUCUGGCUGAUAGGAGAAGACAUGGAGCUGAACCCGAAGAAAUACUUCAUCAUCAUACCCGCUCUGUUUGGCAAUGGACAGUCUUCUUCCCCUUCGAACACUGACCUUUCCCCUUUCCCGGCUGUGUCUGUCUACGAUAACGUCAGGGCUCAGUAUAAACUGGUGACAGAGCACCUCGGGGUCAAGCAUCUCCGAGCUGUCCUUGGCUGGUCUAUGGGAGCAGGUCAGACUUUCCAAUGGGCAGUUCAGUACCCUGAUUUCAUGGACAUCGCCGUCCCAUUCUGCGGAUCUGCGAAGACUUCUCUGCACAACAAAGUGUUCCUCGAGGGCGUCAAAAGUGCCUUGCUGUCUGCCAAGCGUUUCCGUUCUGCUGGGUCUGGAAAGGAUGGCAUCUGCUCCGAAGGGGUUGUUGCUCGAAAGUGGACAGAGGAAGAAAGAGACAUCGGGCUGAGAGCUGUAGGGAGAGUGUACGCUGGAUGGGGUAUGAGCCAGUCCUUCUAUCGUGAGAAACUCUACGAGACGGUUCUUGGGUAUAAGGACCUAGAGGAUUUCCUAGUCAAUUUCUGGGAGAAGUAUUUCCUCUCCAAGGAUCCCGAAAAUCUGCUUGUAAUGCUGCGGACAUGGCAGAAUGCAGACGUCUCCCAGCAGGAACCGUACCAUGGCAAUUUUGAGAAAGCACUCGGGGGAAUCAAAGCAAAAACGCUAGUGCUUCCUUGCAAGCAUGACUUAUACUUCCCACCGGAAGACUCAGAGUAUGAAGUUGCAAAUAUGGCGCCCGGCGUGGGUGAGCUGGGUGUAUUCCCAUCCAUCUGGGGACACUGGGCUGGUGGCCCUGGCGAGAGCAAGGAGGACGUCAAAUGGCUCAACAACAAGCUGGUCGAAUUAUUCAAAAAGGUCCCUGUCCGUGACUCCUGA